AUGAAUUUCGCUAAUCAUAAGGAUCGUAUACCAAUGAUUAAAUAUUCCUUGCAAGGAACACGGAUCGAUAAUGAUAGUGAAGAAGAUGUCAGUGCGAAAGAUGAUCUUCUUAGCUGCUCAGUAAAUUCUAAUCAAUCAGAUGAAUCAUCUGUUGAUGAUAGUGAAGAUACACAAGAAAGCUAUAAUGAAAAAGAUGCUGAAAAUGUAGAUCAAGCUCCUUACUAUGUAACACAAACCAAUUUUUCGGUUAAUCGGACAGAAAACCGUUGGAGAAGUUUCAGGAAAAAAUAA